GAGCGCGCCGAUGCCGCGGGGCGCAGCGGGCAGCGGGGCCGGACGGACGGAGCCCGGCCCCUGCCCAUGUGCCCAGCGGGGCCCCACGCGGUGCGUGCGCCCUGGGCUGGUGGGAAGGAGCAGGGAGAGGUCGGUGCACACAGCCCCUUCCAGCGGGCCGGUGAAAGGGAAUUUUUCAGCAGGCGUGUGGCCCCCAGCCCACUGCACCCCUGUGGGGUCUGGCCAGGGCGGCUCGUGCAUGCCAUGGGGUCAGGAAGCCUCAGUGGGUGCUCUGGAGAGGUGAUGCCGACUGGGGUUUUGGGCAGGUCUUUUUUCCCCCUUGAGCAUCGCAGAUAUUUUGAUGAGUGGGGAAGGAGGUCACUUUCCCGAAGUGUCCCUCCUUUGUGCCCCUAGGGCAAGGUCAUUGUUCCCAGACUAUUGCAGAGAGCAUGGUGGCUCCACGCUGUCCUUGCUGGGGAGGGGAAGGGCACAUCAGCCUGUCAUGACCCCGCUGUUCCCCUCCAAUCGUGGGGCACAUCUGACAGGCGCUGGGGCAGCACAGGAGCCUUUUAACUGUAACCACUGUGUUGCUCCAUGUUUAUCAGUCCAACCUCCAUGUUCCUGGUACAGGACAUUCCCACCACAACCCUUGUCCCCAUAAUCUUGCUUACACGUGCAGCACACCUCCUCCACUGGGAAUCCCCGCUGACCUCCCUGCAGCAUUCCCAAAGGACACUGUGGCUCCAGAGGGGACCCACAGGGCUCAGGGCUUUCCUGCUCUGGAACCUCGAGCAUGGAGCAGGGCAGCAGAGUGGAGGGCUGGCAGGAAGGCUCAGCAUCCUUGGGCAGCUCUUUGUAGCCAGUCCCUAUGGUGGGUGCCCUUUCGAAGUGCAAAUUGGCUCCUGAGACCUGCUUAUUUAAAAUACAUUUCAAAGGUGCGAAUUUACACGCUUUUGCAUCUGUUCUUGCAAACACACAACAGACAAAGGUGGGUUCUGUGCAAGGUGGGGGAAUGACUUUUCCCCAGGGUCAGCAGCCCCCCUGAUGCCCUGCGUCCUCCCCGCAGCCUGCCCAGCCAUGGCAGCCUCGCUGAGCCGCCCCUGCUUCAUCUCCCUCCACCUGCCCUACAGGCAGGGCUGGGCCCAGCACUUGGCCAACACCUUUCGCUUCCAGCCGGUGGCCGUGCGGGAGACGCCGCGUGUCCGGCAGCUGGCCUUGCGUCGGGAAUCUGCCAUCUUCCUGGUCAACGAGCGCCUGGCACCUGCCAGCACCUCAUCCCGUGAUUUUCUCUAUGACGUGGAUCCCCAGCCCACCUUGGGCACGGCCUCCAACGUCUGCUUCGAGGUGGAUGAUGUGCCGGGGCUCUGCAAGCGGCUGCAGAGCCAGGGCUGCUCCUUGCUGGUGCCGCCCACUGAGCUGAGCGAUGGCGGUGGUUCUGUCACCUACGGGGUGGUGAGCUCUGUCGUGGGCAACAUCAGCCACACCCUUUUGGACCGAUCCUGUUACCGGGGACCCUUCCUGCCCGGCUUCCAGCCCAUCCAAGGAGCCCCCUCAGCCACAGGGGACGGGAUCAAGAUCACUCACUUUGACCACAUCACCUAUGUCUGCCCCCGGGGCGGGGCCCGGGCGGCUCUGGACUGGUACCAGCGCUGCUUCGGCUUCCACCGCUUCCUGCUGAACCCCCAGGAGAGGCCGGCUGAGGGCUAUGUCCUGGGCGGGCAGGGCGUGGGCAUGCUGCUCGUCGCACUGCAGAGCGCCCAGGGCACCCCAGCACACGGCUGCAAGCUGGUCUUUGCCGAGUCCCUCUCCCAGAACGGCACCAACCAGGUCGACACGUUCCUGGAGCAGCACGGCGGGGCUGGGAUCCAGCACGUCGGCCUCUGCACCACUGACAUUAUCAGCACGACCAGGGCUCUGCAGCAGCAGGGAGCACGGUUCUUCACACCCCCCACCACGUAUUACAGCCAGGGGGGCAAAGCAGAGGAGAUCCAAGGAGCUGGGCAGGACCCCCACAUGCUGGCAGAGCUUGGCAUCCUCCUGGACACCACAGUGCCUGGGGACAAGGGCCAGCCGGGCACUGAUGCCACAGAGAGCCCUGCUCAGGAAUAUCUGAUGCAGAUCUUCACCCAUCCCCUCUUCUCCGAGGAGACCUUCUUCCUGGAGCUCAUUGACCGCCGGGGAGCGCCGGGCUUCGGGGAGGGCAACAUCCGGGCACUGUGGAAAGCUGUGCAGGUCUACAUGGACCAGCAGCAGUAGUGCAACACUCCUCCCUCAGCUCCCCAUCUUCUCCAGUCCAACCCCGGAGGCAAGGACCAGAGAUCUCAUCCCCGGCAUGGCCCAGGUGGGCAGGGACCAAGGGAUGGCUCCAGAUCAAUCGCAAGCCAGCUCAGGGUGGGAGCAGGAUGCUCAGGGCUGAGUCCAGCAGGGGUCUGAGCAUGCUCCAGGAUGGAUGGGAUUUCUACCCCUCUCUGGGUUCCCAGUGAUUUAUCAACCACACAUGAAGAACUUUCUCCCUUAGUUUCAUCUUAAUUUAUUGAGACUUGAGCCUGCAGCAUGGCCAAGAGUGUGCUGGCAUAAAAACACUCCCAGAUGUAGAGAGAUGAGGGGCUGCCCGAGGGAAGUGGAUAAUCUGGAGUUGCUCACUGGCAUUUACCAUCCACAGCAUGACCAGCCCUGGGGGGCAAGUGGCGGCCUCUUGCUCCUCUCAAUUAAAGAAUUAACUUACAAGCGCUGCUUUGGGUUUUUAAUCCUCCUAUUUAAGAUGUGCUGAGUGCUAGGUAAGGAUGAAGUGGCCGUUUCCAUCACUCAAAGUGGGCAUAUCCCUAAAAUUGAGACCAUUGCCCCUGGCGCCCCACCAGGACUGUCCCCGUCCCUGCCAGCUCCAGCAUUGUGCCUUUGCAAGGGUGCACCACAGUUAGCCUGAACAGUGCUGAGCAGCCAAACAGAAAAAAUAUAAAAGGAUGACGAAAACCUACAAAAAGCCCUGGGGGCAAUUGUUUAGCCCCAGGGAGGAGCAGCCCAUGGGCAGGAGCUGCACAUCCCUUGGGGACUGAUGUCUGCCCUUGCAGGAGUGCUCUGCUUAUUUGGGGUCACCAGCAGUUAAUGCUUAGCCAAGGGACUCUUGGGUGCAUUAAUGAAGAAAUCCUGCU